GCCCAGCAGAGAGAGAACUGCACUGCUCUGGAUGAUGAAGCUCAGGCUCUCCCAUAUUCUCUUAUUGGUACUUCCUGGGAAAGUCCAGGCAGGGACUCCAGGGAAUGACAGAAGAUACAAUGAGAAUGUCACAGUGAGUAUCCUCAUCUGCCUGUUGCUUGUGCUGCUAUUGCUGCUGUUUAUGGCAUGGCACUGGUUGAACCGUGCAACAGAAGGAAGAUACCAUCCUCAGCACCUGAUGAGAAUUCUGAUUCUUCAGUGGCAACAGUUCUGGAGGGAGACACCUUCUGAGGACCUGGCCCAGGACUGCCAGGAUGAGAAACAGAGUGAUGGAGAGCUUGGGGAAGAGCAGCAACAGCUUAUGGAGGAUGGAGAAGGAGAAGGAGAAGAGGAGGAGGAGGAGGAAGAGGAGAUGGAGGAGGAGGAGGAGGAACAGCAGCUCCUUCAGGAGCAAGAAGAGAAGCCAACUAAGGGUGCCAAUCCUGAGGCAGCAGCGCAGGAGGCCUUAGAAGAAGAUGAAGCAUCAAAGGCAGCUGAGGGCAGUGCAGAAGUCCUAUUGAGUCAUCUGCAUUCCUUCUCUGGAACAGCAGCCUGGGAAGACAGUGGCAAGCCGCUGAAUGUCACUGCUCUCUAGAAAUCCCAGGGAGGAGGGAAGGAUGGACUUGUCACAAAGACAACUUGUAGUGCUUGGUUCCAGACCCAUUUGACAAAGCUCCACAGAUGGGAGUCCCAAGACUGCUGUCACUCUGCUUUGCCUACUGCCCCCACUGGGGAGCAGCGCUGUUUGUAUGGCUGCAUUUGCUUC